UUUGUCGCCCCCGCCCGGUCCCUGCCGCCCCCGCCAACAUGGCGCUGGUGGGGUCCCUGCCCCUGCCCGGCGACCGCUUCCCGCGCGCUUUGUUCCGCGCCGUGCGGGGGGGCGGGGGCGGCGGCAUUGCGUAACCGGGCGGGGGAGGGGCGUGGCGGGACCCCCGCGGCGGGUCACCCUGGUGACGCCCUGCCUAGGGGGCUUGGGGCUGGGGCCCGUGUGACCUUGGGUUUGCCUCCCGUCCGCGCCGGGGUGAAGCGCGACGCGGUGCGGGUGCUGCGCAGCGCUGGGGGUCGCGGUCCCUGGUGGCUUCCUGCACGGCUGAGUGCUUGGGAAUCCACAUGUUUUUGCUGAACUUGUAAAAGAGACACCUGGAUGGUGGGUUAACAAGAAUACUGACCUGUGGGAAGCUUCAUAUCUGAAAAUACUGGAUUUUCACCCUAGUCCAGCAGCUCUGCUGCUCACAUAAAUACAGAUGAAUGAAGACCCCAUUCGGGAAGACACCUGGCCAGCGGUCUAGAGCUGAUGCAGGUCAUGCUGGAGUAUCUGUAAACAUGAUGAAGAAGAGGACAUCUCACAAAAAACAUCGGACCAGUGUGGGACCAAGCAAACCUGUGUCCCAGCCCCGGCGGAACAUCGUAGGCUGCAGGAUUCAGCAUGGGUGGAGAGAGGGCAACGGCCCUAUCACCCAGUGGAAGGGGACUGUCCUGGACCAGGUGCCCGUGAAUCCUUCCCUGUAUCUUAUAAAGUAUGAUGGAUUUGACUGUGUUUAUGGACUAGAACUUAAUAAAGAUGAAAGAGUUUCUGCACUUGAAGUCCUCCCUGAUAGAGUUGCCACAUCUCGGAUCAGCGACGCACACUUAGCGGACACAAUGAUUGGCAAAGCAGUGGAGCACAUGUUUGAAACAGAGGAUGGCUCUAAAGAUGAGUGGAGGGGGAUGGUCUUGGCACGGGCACCUGUCAUGAACACAUGGUUUUACAUCACCUAUGAGAAAGACCCUGUCUUGUACAUGUACCAGCUCCUAGAUGAUUACAAAGAAGGCGAUCUCCGCAUCAUGCCUGAUUCUAAUGAUUCGCCUCCAGCAGAAAGGGAGCCAGGAGAAGUUGUGGACAGCCUGGUAGGCAAGCAAGUGGAAUAUGCCAAAGAAGAUGGCUCGAAAAGGACUGGCAUGGUCAUCCACCAAGUAGAGGCCAAACCCUCUGUCUAUUUCAUCAAGUUUGAUGAUGACUUCCAUAUUUACGUCUACGAUUUGGUGAAAACGUCCUAGAUGUCAUCACAAGCUUUGCCAAAUUUGUGGAACUAUUAAAUGUAUAAUUUGUAGACAUAAAGACUUGAUUGCUUUCCAGUUUAAUGAAAGCUUAGAUGUCCCUGCGAACCCACAAUCUCCACCAGCAGAGCUGGUGUUGUUCUGAAUAGUGCAGACUGAUUCGAACACAAGGCAUCUAUGAGGGGAGUACUCCCUCUUCAGAGCAUCUGUGAGGGGAGUCCUCCCUCUUCAAGGCAUCUGUGUGAGGGGGGUCCUCCCCCUUACAAGAAGGCUGUCUGUUGGGGGUUACAAGCAAGGUGGUAAAAGUUAAGCUAGUAUUAUAGUCAUUUAAAUCUGGAUAAGUUGUAACCAUUUUCCCCAUCACUUUGACACACUGUCUUAUUCUGCUGCCACAAUGCAAGCAUAGUUUGUUAUUUUUGUUACUGCCUUUUUUGAGAGAUUAUGUAUCUAUAGCUACCUGUCUAGAUCUGCAUCUGUGUGCCUAUGUAUAUAUUAUACACACACACAGGCACUCACCGCUGGCACUCCUUUCCUUGUGGAGUGUGUGUGGGGGGGGGUGAUAAUGUUUUCUCCAGUUCAACAGGAGUGCUUGACCCAAGUCAGUCGUAUUUAUAAUAUGGCUUUGUUUAAAAUUAAAUUUGGGCACGGAAAGCACACAGGGACAUUAGGUUGUUUCAAAGGUCAGAAUUCAGAGUACCAUUUUAAUCUGGAGGCUUUUAGCUAUGAGUCCAGGUAUAAAUUAGCCAUAAACCGUCAACAACCCACAGUAGAAUUUAGUAAACUGUUAAGAAAUCUGGGUAAAAGGCUGCCUUCAAUUCGAAGCUUUGUUUUCUAUGUUUCGUUUGUUUCUUGUUUCCUUUAUUAUUAUUGUUGUUGUUGUUGUUGUUGUUGCUGUUGUUACUCUUUAAUCAUAAGUACUUUUAAAAUAAAGCCCAGGUCCUUGGUUCACAUGGAACAAUGUCAAUGUGCUUGUGGACGGCACAUUGGUCUAUUUGUAUGCUUCCAGUCAUCAGGAUUUUAGUACAUGGAUUUAGAAGGCAACAAUAUAACAGUGGUUUGUAUAUGUGGUAAAUUCCUGCAAAAACAGUACAUUGGUAUUAGAAAUGUGAGUUUUAAAGUAUGGCACUGUUGCCUUCUGCUAAGUUCUCUGGGGCUUUUUAGUUUUUAUUACUGUUACUGUUGAUAUAUGAUUGUGGUCAGAAGGCCUCUUCUUCUCCCCUUCCCUUCCUGCUCUUCUUCCUCCUGGCCCUUCCCUCUCCAGUGAAUGUUGGACAAAUAUGGCUUCUUGCCUUGACCCUGU